AUGCCUAACCGCUCUGAGUAUCAACCGCUCGCGCAGGGGGUUGAUGAAGAGGAAGAAGCAGACGUUGGCGAGGGCUUGUCACCCGCGCCGCAGCCACCCCCUCACUCGCGACGCCCUGGACACAUCGACCUUGGCAAGCUGGACACUGCGUUCAAGAGAUGGACGGAAUCCAUCGCUCAAAAGGUAAAACGGAAGCGAAGGGUGGAGGACAACUCAAGGAAGGAGAUUCUGCACAGCGUAUUUGAGCCUCCCGUUGCUGCUUUGAAUAUAUAUGAUGACACAGUGAAGACACUUGAUCAUAAGCCACCUAUGACACGGGCAGACUUUGACAGACUGGUGCAAGCAGUAAAGGAUGCUAUUGCGGAUGGCGUUCAUCCGAAGAUGAUUUCUAAGGGCUCAUCGGGAUCAUACUUCGCUCGGGCAAAGAUCGAGGGGCGUGUUCAAACCGUAGCGGUUUUUAAACCCAAAGACGAGGAGCCAUAUGGGCGACUGAAUCCAAAGACUACGAAAUGGCUCCAUAGGCAAUUCAAAUGGAUCAUACCAUUUGGUCGAGCUUGUCUUAUUCCUAACCUCAGUUAUAUCUCCGAAGCUGCUGCUUCACUGCUAGAUGAGCGACUGGAUCUACACAUUGUCCCUCGUACAGAAUUAGUCUCUUUGUCUAGUCCUGCAUUCUUCUACGACUGGCUUGACAGGAAAGCCGCAAAGAAAGGAAAACCUCUACCAGAAAAGAUUGGUAGUAUGCAAUAUUUUCUGCACGGCUAUACAGACGCUUCCGACUUUCUUCGUAAGCACCCCUGGCCUGGACGUGCCAUUUCCGAUACAUUCGACGACUCGAAUCAUCGGAAAGGGAGCUUAUCCAAGAAACUACAGGGUGCCGUCAAGAUUGUGUGCGGAAAGACAGGUGAAGAAGAAGACAUGUAUGAUGAGGAUGAUAGGGAGGACGAACGCGUGCUAUUUGAUGCAACAGAAAGUCUUUCUGGGCAGUCAUUCUAUUGGACAUCUGCUCUCCAAGACAGUUUUCGGGAAGAGCUUGAGAAGUACGAACCUCUUCUUCUGUUACAUUUGCACCUAAAGGGAGGUUUCUUUACAGACUUCUUGAUGCUCAAUACUGACCGCGGAGCGGACAAUUACAUGAUCAAGUUCUGCGAUUAUGAUCAUGGCAAGUCCCUGGUGGAUGUUGCACCAUCUCGUAUCUCGCGCUUGGAGAUGCCAAUGAUGACAGAAUUGCGCCGCACUGAGCCGAUGCUGAGCACGCCUCAACUAGGCGGAGGACCGUCAUCUACACCUUCGUUCUCACAAGGGGGCUAUUCAAACCCCCACCUUCCGUACGAGCGGCAGCCCCAUAUCCACAUCGCUGCGAUAGACAACUCCUUAUCAUUUCCUCAUGAACAUCCGCGAGGCUGGCGUUCGUACACUUAUGGCUGGCUGUACUUGCCUGUCACUAUUAUUGGCCGCCCUUUUAGUCAGAAGACGAGGGACCACUUCUUGCCCUUGUUGACGUCCAAGACCUGGUGGGCCGAGACCACGUAUCAGCUUCGGAGACUGUUCGCUGUGGAUCCUGACUUCCAUCCCAAGAUGUUUAGGAAACAAUUAGCGGUGGUUAAGGGACAAGCAUGGAAUAUCGUGCAGUCUUUGAAGCAUACUGAUGAAGGGCCUCUUGAGUUGACUCGACGCCAAAAGGUUCUGGUGUGGGAUGACGAGGUUGAUCUCACAGAUGACAAUCUUCCCAAUUUGGUCAACGGCUCUGCGCCAUCCCCUCACAGCCGGACAUCUAGAGCUUCUAUAAGCUCUGUUCCUCUACUGAAACAUGCAAGAAGUCACAGCUCCUCAGAUUUCCCGCCCCCAAUUCGCAGAAUUUCCUCCGAGUUCUCGCGGCCCGUAUCGUUCGCCACCAAAUUCUCGCGCGUCCACCCUGCUACGACGGGAGUAACGGUACUAGAACACAUGGAGCGGCUUGACGCUGUCGAAGCUGGCCUUUCUAGACUCGGGGUAGAGGAGAGCGUGGUGGAUGAGAGUGAGGAGGCUGAUGUUGGCGAAGCGUCGACAUCGACCUCUGCACAGACUCCUAAAGAUCGUGCGGUUGAGGUGGUAGCAGAUACUCUAUCUCCUUCUGCACGCUCCGAGCGCCUUCCCGCAGUCCCAGAGGACAUGCUCUCCGCUUCAAUGACAGAAGAGGAUCUCAUCGCCAUGUCGAAGUCGACAUCCCAGCUGGAGCUGUCAGCGUCCGCUCGCCAUGCCCGCUGGCCUAGCUUCGGUGCACCCCCGGAAAGUCGAAGUCGACCAAGCUUAGAUUGGAUGCAUCAAGACGUUCCCGAGAGUCCUAAACAGCGUCUCGUGAUAGUCGAGCGGCUGGAAACUGUCGACAGCAAACCGUUCUUCUCGUGUUGGUGA